UUAAUAGUUGAACGUUGUUAUGGUAAAAUGAUUCAAAUAUUCUUAGUCAAUAAGGAUAGUUAUGAUAAAGAACUUGUUUGAAUAAGCCGAAUUCGGGAUGCAAUGAUUGGUAGUUGAUUGGAGAAGGAUCGAACCCCCACGCAUCAGCUCUCCUCCAGUGUCUUUAGGUCUUCAACAACUUUACUUUGGUAACGCAGAAGUAUCCAAGUGCACCGCGAAGUAACGUAAUAUGAGAUGAUAUCUUUACGAAGACAGUUCCUCGUCCAGUUGCUCGCCCUUCUGGUAACGGGUCAGCCGAUCCACCUUACCGAAGACGAGAUGAACAAAGACAUUGGCAUCAUUACCACAACUUCCAGUGGUAACCAAAUACGCAACUCCAUCCUCCAAUAUUCGGACGAGAAAAUCGCCGAUGAACUGCAGUACGUGUCGCAGAGCAUCAACAGGUUGUAUUCAGAGGAAUCGUAUCCGUGGAAUGGGGUGUCACCGUUCAAACCGGAAGUCGCACCUGGAAAAAUCCGUCGCCAAAGGAAAAAGCGAUUCCUUGUUACAGAUUUGACUCUGUGUCAUUUUAAACUAUGCAACAUGGGAAAGAGGAAGACGACCCGAACGUUUCAGAAGAUCAGCAGAGCUAGUAGUCCCAAUUGGAGAAUAUAAACUCCAAUAUAUAAAGUAGCCAGGAUAAUGAAACGACUUACAGAUCUAAAUAUAGAAUCAUUUAUUUAUUAUUUAGUUUUUUUAUGUUUCCGAAUUAAAGCACCAUUGAAAUGAAGCGUUGUUUUUCAAUUAACAAUAUAUAACAGUAUGUGAAAUAAACUUAUUUAUUUGUAUAAAUAUAAUAAAGUAUUUAAAAAAUAAAAUUAAAGAGUGACUCUAAAUAAAAAGUUCUACACUUAUAGAUAGAUAGAAAUAUUAAGAACCCAACUUACAAGAUUUGUUAUUCCGUUGUAAGAAAUGCACACCUCGAAUAAAUAAAGUUAUACAACAAUUUGCAUUUUUUUUUGUAUUUUCUAAUAACUGCCAUCCUUAUUUAAUUUAACAAGUAAAGCUCUACGUUUUUAUUGUGUGUAUUUUUUAAUAAUUAUAUUUUUUCUCAAUAUAGGAAUUAUAUAAGGCCACUAUAUUAAUUAAUAACAACAUUAAAUAUA